AUGCCAAAUUUAGUUCAUGUUAUAGAUGUAGAAAGUGGGAAUUUACAAUCCCUUUUAAAUGCUAUAAAAAAAAUUGAUUCAACUUAUCAAAUAGUCUAUAUUCAUAACCAAGAAGAAUUUAUUGCAAAUAAUGAUCAAAUUAAAAAAUUAAUAUUCCCAGGUGUUGGAAAUUAUGGUCAUUUUGUUCAACAAAUUUAUAAAAGACAAUUAGAUAAAUUAAUUGAAAAAUAUAUUAAUGAUGGAAGAGAUUUAAUGGGGAUUUGUGUUGGUUUACAAGCUUUUGUUGAUGGUUCUGAAGAAAGUCCUAAUGAUAAUGGUUUGGGAGUAUUACCUUUAACAUUAUCCAAGUUUAAUCUUAAUGAUCCUGUUUUUCAAGAGAAGGGUAUCAAAAAAUCUGUACCGCAUAUUGGAUGGAAUAGUAUAGAAAGUAUAAUUGUUGAUGGUAAAAAAUUAUCAGAUGAUAAAUCAUUAUACGGUUUAAAUUUAAAUAAUAAAUAUUAUUUUGUUCAUUCAUAUGGAGCUAUCAUUACAAAAGAAAAUGAAUCUAAAAUAAAAGAAUUGGAAUCAAAAGGUUGGAAUUUUGCAUUUUCAAGAUAUGGAUCAGAAAGAUUUAUUGCUGCAAUAAAUAAAGGAAAUUUAUUUGCAACUCAAUUUCAUCCUGAAAAAUCAGGAAUUGCUGGAUUAAAAAUCAUAAAAUCAUUUCUACAAGAUGAAAAAUUUUCACAAAUUCAUAAAUCAGAUGUACAAGAAAUUCCACUGGACAUUGAAACUACAACAAGUGGAUUAACAAGAAGAAUAAUAGCAUGUCUUGAUGUUAGGGCGAAUGAUGUUGGAGAUUUAGUAGUGACUAAAGGUGAUCAAUAUAAUGUAAGAGAGACAAACACAGAAGGAGAAUCAAAUGUAAGGAAUUUAGGUAAACCAAUUGAAUUAGCAACAAAAUAUUAUUUACAAGGAGCAGAUGAAAUUACAUUUUUAAAUAUUACAUCUUUUAGAAAUUCACCAUUAAAAGAUUUACCAAUGUUGCAAGUUUUAAAAAAAUCAGCAGAAACAAUAUUUGUUCCAUUAACAGUUGGAGGAGGGAUAAAAGAUAUGAUUGAUCCAGAAUCAGGUGAAAUAGUUCCUGCAGUUCAAGUUGCUGAUUUAUAUUUUAGAUCAGGAGCUGAUAAAGUAAGUAUAGGAUCAGAUGCAGUUACAAUUGCUGAAGCAUACUAUGCAAAUAAUAAACAAAAAACUGGUAAAUCAUCUAUUGAAACCAUAUCAAGAACAUUUGGUAAUCAAGCAGUUGUAAUAUCUGUUGAUCCAAAAAGAGUAUAUAUAAACAGCCCAGAAAACACAAAAAUGGAAACAAUAAAAAUAACAGAUCCAACAAAAUAUGGACCAAAUGGUGAAAAAUAUUGUUAUUAUCAAGUUACAUCACAAGGAGGUAGAAAAAUUCAUGAAUUAGGAGCAUUAGAAUUAUGUUUAGCAUGUGAAGAAUUAGGAGCAGGAGAAAUAUUAUUAAAUUCAAUAGAUUAUGAUGGAUCAAAUAAAGGUUAUAAUUUAGAAUUAUUAAAUCAAAUUAAAUCUAAUGUAUCAAUACCAGUUAUAGCAAGUUCUGGAGCAGGUGAACCAAAACAUUUUCAAGAAGUAUUUGAAAUGAAUUGUGGUAUUGAUGCUGCUUUAGGUGCUGGAUUAUUUCAUCGUGGUGAAUAUACGGUUAAUGAUGUUAAACGUUAUUUACAAUCUAAUGGUAAAAUGGAUGUUAGAUUAGAUGAUACUGUAGAAUUAUAA